AUGUCAGACAAGAAGCAAGAAGAACAGCCUCAGCAACAGCACAUCCAGACUGAACCCCAGGAUGACGAACAAGAAGAGAAGAAGGGCUCUGGAGGUCUUUUGAGUACAAUCGGAGAUCCCAUCGGAAACGUCUUAGGCACAGCUCUCCGUCCCAUUGGCGCACCCCUAGAAAAAGGCGUAACAGGCCCACUCGGCAACGCCCUGGGCGGCACCACACGACCCGCUCUCGGUCCGUUGCUAGGCCACGAAGAAGAAAGAUCUGAAUUGCUAGGCGGCAAGAACAAGGAUAGCUAUGAGAGUACACCAGAAAAGAUUGCAGGAAAGGAGCAGACAGGGCAGAACCCUCUGGGCUUGGACCAAACAGGACGAUGGGGAUUUGAGGACGAGAAGAAAUAG